AUGGACGCCUCUGCCGCUGCUCGGGCCCUGCGCGCUGGCAUCGCAGAAGCCCCGCCUCCAGCGGAGCCACCUCCAGUGGCGGCGUUCCCCAACGGAGUCAUCGCAUGCCCCCUAUGCCGCGAGCGAUCCUUCGAGACUGGGCCAGGGCUCAUGCGCCAUUUGACCACGAUGCACGCGGGCGAGGCGCUUGAUGACGGGGCGGUUGCUGUGCUCCGCGCUCUUGACAGAGCGGUGUGCUCGGACCCCGCAUGUGGAGGCAUACGGCGAAUCGGCAUGACGACGUGCAACAGGUGCAGACACUCGACGCCGUUACGGCCGAUGCAGGUUGGCGAUAUCAUUCCAGGCCCUCGAGGCGGGGCCCUCGUCCCAGCGCAGCCGCCGUCCCAAGAACCAGCCUCGCAAGGCAACCUUCGGAGAGACCCCGAGGACGUGGUGCUGGGAGUUGAUUUCGCUGACCGCGUCAGGACCCUCAGGGGCACCACGCAGACGCACAUCCCAGUCGCCUUGCGCGCCCGCCACGCCCGCAUCUGGGCAGCCACUCUCGAAGGCGCCGCCGCGGGGUUACCAGGCUGGACGGCUUUGGAAGAGGCUCGGUCACGGCUACUUUUGCUUGACCCCCCCGCUGGCACGCACGUGCCGACAGAGCUGGCCGCCCGGGCCGCCCUUUGGGAGCGUGGAUGCUAUGAGGAACUGCUCUGCCGCGCCGAGGCUCAGGCCAUCCUUCGACGACGGCCUGUGAACCGACGUGGACCUGGAGCCGAGGCACGCGCGACGGCUGCCAAGCGGCGCCGCGGCAAACGCUUGUGCGCCGAGGGGGCGUACCGAAGAGCUGUCCUCACGCUCACUGGGGAGACCGCCAAACUCACGCCAGCAGACGAGGCCAGAUGGGCGGCCGAGCUUGCGCCGCAAGCUCCCCAGCCAGCUGCCGCUCGCUGGGUGCCCCAGCCGGCGGCUGCACCCGCCGACGGCGUCGCCGCGCCGCCGGGGCCGGGGGGCCCCGUGCUGCCGAGCGACCCGAACGACGCUGCAUCCCAGGACCCGCUGCGGGACGAUGCUGAGGCGCGGUGGCUUACGCGCACUCGCUUGGUCUUCCUGAAGAAGAAGGGAUCCGACAAGCCUAGGCCAGUUCGAGUCGGCGAGUUCCUGCGAGCAGCAAUGGCCAAGAAGGUCCAGAAGAGAGCGGCUCCGAAACUCCGAGCUGCUUUCGCGGCUUCUCGGCAGUGGGGCGUCGAAAUGCUUGGCGGCUGCGAAGCUCUCGUGCAUUGGAGGUCCUUGGUGGAGGCGGAAGCCGUGGCGGGGCAUAUUCCCCCAGUUGUGGCGUUCGAUUUAGAUUUGGCGAACAUGUUCGGCACCAUCCUGCGGGAGCGUAUUCGGGAAGCGCUGCGUCGCCACUUCCCCGAGGCCCUCCACUGGACGCAGUGGGUCCACGCAGACGACGAGCUCAUGGACCUCCCCCAGGGCGGCGUGGCACACACCGACAGAGGGUCUGGCCAAGGGGACGUAUUCGGACCCGCCGCCUCUGCUCUCACACUCGGCGACGCAGUAGGUUCAGCCCGCGACGAACUCCAAAGGCAGGCGGGCGGGCGCAUCGGCGCCGUGGAUGAAUGGUUCAUCGAUGAUGGGCAGGCUUUCGUCCGCGUCGAGGUCGCAGAGAGGUGGCUGCGGCGCAUUGACCAAGCGAUCGCUAGCAUUGGGUGCAGCAGGGAUACUGGGCCCAACUGCAAAAGCGUCGCGCGACUUCUGUGCCACCCAGACCGCCGGGAUCAGCUGAAUGGUUGGGAGCAGGGAUACAUCGCCCAAACGUGCAAGGUCCCCGACAGCCAGCGCGGCGUCAAGGUUCUGGGUGCCAUGGUCGGAAGCAGCGAAGAGGUGAACCAACAUUUCCGGCGCACAUGCAAUAAGGUGGCUGCUCAGAGGGCGGGGAUUGGGGGCCUGGAGCAAUCCCAGUGCGAGCUCGUGCUCCAUCGCCGCUGCUUCGACGUCUCUAAGGUCGGCUACAUUCUCCGGUGCAGCGGGGAUAUGGUCGACGGCGAUGCCCUGGCCGCCUUCGACGCUUCGCUCAGGCACGGUACAGAGGACGCACUUCACGGUAAACUCUUGGACGAGGGCUGGAUUCAGGCCACUCUUUCUGUGGAUGCCGAGGGGCUCGGGCUCCGGGAGGCGUCCGAGUGCGCGCUGCCCGCUUUCAUUGCCAGCCGGGUCGCCUCACGGCCGCUCGUCGCAGCCAUGUGUGCUCACGUGGAGGAGGAGGGCUUGGGGUCGGCCGCCAGGUGCAUGCGGGAGUACGACAGGCGCACGCACGCGGCGGCGCAGAGGUGGCGGGACGUCCUCCCUGCUGGCGUCCACGACGCCGUGCGCGCCCAACUCGAGGAGGCAGCCGCGCUGGCUGAGCGCCGCUGGAGGAACUGGUGCGCUGGUGAGGAGGAGGAGGACGAGCCAGGAGCUGGCGGGCGCGCUGCCAGCCACAGGCCAGGCGCAGCGGCCGUGGAUGAGGCCGGCGCAGAGGAUCCCGAGCACCCGGCCGCCCCUCGGGGCCGCGGCGCGCUGCGCCUCCAGCGCGAUCUCACCAGGGAGGCGGACCGCACAGUGGCCACUGGGCUCCUCUCCCGAGCGCGAGCGAGUGGGAACAUCGACGCAGUGCACCGCCUCCAGGAGCUCUGCCACCCGAACCAAUGCCAUGAUUGGCUGUGGGCCAUAUCCCCGCACAAGGGACGGAUUAUGACCAGCGACGAGUUCGCCCUCGCCGUCCGCAUUCGCCUCGGGGCGGGGGGGCCCGACGAGGAGGUGUUCCGGAGCGAGCUCGAGGACAUCGGAGUGGAGUACCGGGUUCUGGCUGUAAGCGCUUUCGGUCGUUUCCACGACGAGUUCCUGCGGGUGCUGCAGUCGAUCGCCCGCGCGCACGCGCGGCGGCGAGGCGCGGAGGCGCGCGUGGAGCUGCGCCACGUGCAAACCCGGAUCGCCGUCAGCGUCUGGCGUCGCGCCGCUCGUAUGGUGCGAGCGUGCACGCCGUUGGCCCUGGACGAGGAUGACGCGGCCGACUUAGAACCCUCGGACCAGGCCGUGGCGGAGCGGCGCGGGCACCCAGGG